UCCUGGAGACCAAACCACAAGUAAAGCACAGAGGCGUGAGAGACACUCGCAGGCUGGGUUUGGUCGCAUGCGUGCAAAGGAGCGCUCUCUUUCUCACAGAGAGAAAGUUAUAAGCAGGACCAGCAAAGGUCCGAGCGGGCGCGAGGAGCACAUAGCAGCCACGUCCCCCUCCUGGCCCCAGGAUGGCCCUUCCCGCUGGCGGACACUCAUAACGGUCAGAGAUGACACCAAACAUGUGGCUCUUCUCUGCGAUCGUCGGAUUGCUGACAGCAGCCCUCUCAGGUCACCCGUCUCCAGCUCCAUCUGACCAGCCCAACACCAGCUAUGCGGAGAGCCCACCCUCGGAGCCAGGACAGCCGCUCGGGGUCCGCCUGGUGAACGGGAGCAGCCACUGCGGUGGGACGGUGGAGGUCUGGCUUGGGCUGUCCUGGGAGCCGGCCUGCGGGGCCUUCUGGGACAGCUGGGCCUCUGAGGCCGUGUGCCGCGCGCUGGGCUGCGGCGGGGCCUGGGAAUCCACCCCGCCCGCCUUGCCGUCCCCGGAGCCGCCGCCUGGGCCAGGCGUGGGGAACACCAGCGAGGCCACAAACGCCACGCUGGCCCUGGCGCCCGCCGUCCAAUGCACAAGUGCCGAGUGGCAGCUCUGCAAAGUGGUGGAGCACGCGUGCGACAGGAACGAGACGCCGGCCAAGGUCACCUGUGAAGAGAACCGCGCCCUGCGGUUGGUGGGUGGUAGCAGUCGGUGCGCUGGCCGCGUGGAGGUGUUAGAGUACGGCCAGUGGGGCUCGGUGUGCGACGACACGUGGGACCUGGAGGAUUCCCACGUGGUGUGCCGGCAACUGAACUGCGGCUGGGCGGUUCAGGCCCUGCCAGGCUUGCACUUUGCCCCUGGCCGAGGACCCAUCCACCGGGACCAGGUGAACUGCUCCGGGGCCGAGAGCUACCUGUGGGACUGCCCGGGCCUGCCAGGAGAUGGCUACUGCGGCCACAAGGAGGACGCCGGCGUUGUGUGUUCAGAGCACCAGUCCUGGCGGCUGACUGGGGGCCGUGACUCCUGCGAGGGGCAGGUGGAGGUGCAGUUCCGUGGGGUCUGGAGCACAGUGUGUAACAGCGAGUGGUACGCACCGGAGGCCCAUGUGCUCUGCCGGGCCUUGGGCUGUGGGACCAUGGUCGGAACACCCAGCGGGCUGCCCCACUCCCUGCCGGGCAGAAUGUACUACUCGUGCACAGGAGACGAGCCCACACUCGCCGACUGCUCCUGGAGGUUCAACAACUCCAACCUUUGCAGCCAGUCCAGCGCAGCCAGAGUCCUCUGCUCAGGCUCCCGGAGUCUGCUCAAUCUGUCCACUCCUGAAGUCCCUGCAAGUGUUCAGCCAGUCACUGUAGAAUCUUCUGUGACCAUGGAAAUGGAGGACUGGAAAUCACGGGAACUAGUGCUGCUCAUCCUCUGCGUCAUUCUGGGGAUUCUCGUCCUUGGCUUACUCAUCUUCGUAGCCGUCAUCCUCUUGAACGUUAAAGGAAAAUACGCCCUCCCUGUGACGGUGACCGACCAGCACCUGCACACCACCACCCCAGAAGGGAUCAAUAGCUAUCAAGAUGCUCCCAUCACCAUUCCCAAAGAAGAAGUUCCCAAGCUGCCCAUCCAGGUCCAGACCCCACUCCCCAAGGACUCGGACUCCAGCUCGGACUCAGACUACGAGCACUAUGACUUCAGCGCCCAGCCUCCCGUGGCCCUGACCACCUUCUACAAUUCUCAGCGGCACCGCCUCACGGACGAGGAGGUCCGGCAGAACAGGUUCCAGAUGCCUCCCCUGGAGGAAGAGACGCGUGCUUCCCAGAUCCCACCCGUCGGCACUGGACACUACACGGCGGACGCCCCCCUCCUGGGCUCCCAGCACCACCCAAGGAACAGCAGUGGGUCCAGCACCUCGUCUGGGGAAGAUUACUGCAAUAGGCCCAGCAGCAGGCCAGCUCCGUGGGCCCCUCCGGUGUUUUCUACAGAGAGGAGCCCCCUCUUGGAGCAGCCCCCAAACUUGGAGCUGGCUGGCUCCCAAGGUACUUUUUCAGCAGGGCCGUUGGCCGAUGACAGCUCCAGCACCUCGUCCGGGGAGUGGUACCAGAACUUCCAGCCGCCGCCCCAGCCACCCUCGACGGAGCAGUUGGAGUGUCCAGGAGCCCCCACCCCGCAGCCUGAUUCCAUUGACAGCGAGGAGUACGAUGACAUUGGAGCAGCCUAGGCUGGGCCCGGCUGAGGCCCCAGGUGGCUGGCUCCCUUCUGCUGGACUCCUGCUGUCCCUGCCCACCCUCCCACACCCUGCCCUCCCACAUGGUCCCCCAGGGGGCUGACAGGCCUUCCCCGGAGAGACGCAGGGAAAGCCCUCACCCUGCACUCACCGCUCAGUCUCCAUCCAUCAAAUAGAAGCUACUGGCACAGACCCCCCCUCAGCCCCACACAGCCCCAAGGUGGAGGGUGCUGCCUCUGAGAGGUAGUGAGCGCUCUGUCUCAGGCAUGAGCAAGCAGCCUGGGCCACCUUUCAUCAGGCUGCAGGGGGAGGGAGGGGUUGAACUGAAUGACUCCUGAGGCCCAGAAGAUCCUCGGGUGUCUCUGCUUUGGUUCCCUGAAUCUCAGAUGGUUCAGGGCCCGGAGGUACUGAGAGAGCAGAGAGGGGCCCCAUCCCUGUGCCUCCCACGUGUGGGGGCGGCUGGGCUGCUGUUGCUUUGACAGGUGGAUUCUGGGGCUGGGGGUGACACACCCGCCGAACCAGGCUGGUGACCAACAGGGCAUGGAGUCCAGCGUUCCUGGGAGCAGCCAGCUGACCGCAAGCAGGAGGACUGCCCUUCCCCCGCGACCAAGGGGCUGGGGCCUGGGCCAGCCCUGCCUCUAGAGAUCCUGGGAGCCCACCAGGGCACAGCCCUGCUCUGCAGGGACUGUCCCUGGGCAGAAGACCCCGGACAAAGAUGGCCCUGGCUCAGCUCCCCCAAAGACUCACGGUUGGGCCCUGGGCCCCGUGGGAGCAGAAGCACAGAGCUCUCUGCCAGGAGGGGCCCAGAAGCUGCACGAAGCCCUGCGUGCCCACCUGUCUUCUUGGAUUGCUGGGAGCUUCCCAGGGAGCGCGUGAAUAUGCAGCCUCACCGGAGCCAUGGAUACAAUCCGUCCAGGCAGCCUCCAGAGAGAGGCCUGCGGGCUCAGCGCCAGCUGCUGGGGUCUGUUCUGAGUAUCCGGAGAUUAAAGUAAUUGCUAAAUAAGA